CAUGAGAAUGAGAGUUUGUUCAUCGAUUAUUUUGACAAUUUAAAAAACCUUCAAGAAAUCGGUACGGGUGUUAUAAAAGUGCGUGAAACCAAAAUAGUGCAUGUUACACAAUUAAUAAUUAUAAAAACUCCUCUGUUUAUAGAACCGGACACCAUGUCGAAAGCAGCAGGUCGAUUGAGAACACUCAAAAAGUCCAUUGACAAAAUCGACCAUAGCAGCAAACUUCGAACCAACAUCCCGGCCGGUAUGGCCGUAGCCGGUCCACCGUUGGGACCCAUGCUGGGUCAACGAGGAAUCAACAUAGCCGUGUUCUGCAAGGACUUCAACGAGCGUACAAAAGACUAUAAGGAAGGGAUCCCGCUGCCCUGUCGGGUAGCGGUUACAUCUGACCGUUCCUAUGAGUUGACUAUUCAUGCACCUCCAGCCACCUUUCUGCUCAAACAAGCGGCAGGAAUUCAGCGAGCAGCAAUGAUGCCGGGCAGAGAAAUAGCUGGGAAAAUCACACGCAAACACCUGUACGAAAUCGCCCAAAUCAAGCUAAACGAUCCUCCGAAUGCACUGCUCACACUACAGCAAAUGUGUAAUGCACUGAUCGGAGUAGCGCGGACAUGUGGAAUCGAAGUUGUAAACGAGCUUGACUCCACGGAAUAUCAGCAGUUUCUCGAAGAACGAAAGCUAAUCGUAGAUGAACAAAGAAGGGAGUUGCAAGAGAAACGUGAAGCCAAAAUGCUGCGAAUGGGUUAAAUACUGAGUAGUUUCACUGUUAAAAAGAGUUAGUUUGAAAACAGUCUUAGCGAAAAAAUUUUUGAACGCUUUAGCACUUUAUUUGUACGUAGAAGUCUAAGUUGAAAAAUCCAGCUUUUUCCGAUCUUUCGCGGUAUUCUUUUUCCUGCGUUUAUCAAUGUGUUUGCCAAGUUUUCCAGUUUCUCUAAGCUGAUCGUAUUUCUCAACCAACUCACGAGCUUUUUUAGUGCUUUUCUUCUCGUAAAACGGUCGUUUUCCUUCUUCUAUA